AUGGGAGGGCCAGGAGAUGUAGCUUCUGACGCCGGUUUACAACAUUUCGCGAAUUCCUUUUGCGACAUUAGAACAGGACAAGUAAUGCCUUCAUUUUGGUGUGAAUCAAUUGAUGUUCAGGUUUUAUUUGGAUACUCCAUCAGAAGGCUUAUCUUUCGCCAUGGAAACUUGUUUUACGUCAGGAUUAUUUACGACAAUUAUAUUGCGCAUACCUCCCAGUUUAUUACUGCUCCGAUACCCCUAUCACCUUUGAGCGGUUAUGUGCCUUCGGCAAGCUACAAAUCCUUAGGGAAUCAAGGAACAAGAGGUGAGAGAUUCGACCGGCUGUUCAUGAAUUUGUCGACGCCAGAUGAUCUGUAUGGCUGUCUUUUCAGACAGUCAGGUGCUUGUGCGGAGAUAGGCAAGGUCAUCUGGUGCGAUGGUGGUUUCUGGGCUUAUGACAAUUCCAAGGGACGUCCUGGAAUCAUCCUGGGCUACGAUAGCCACACUCGCAUUUAUAUAAUUUCUCCCACGUCAACGAAAUCUCAAGAUCGUACCGACACACACCUGUUCCUUGCCGGUAGCCCAGAUACCCAAGAUCGCGCAGACCUGCAUUUUGUCGACGGCAGCAAUAACAGGACUUAUAUGCCAAAAGACUGUUAUUUCAACUAUAGGGAUACCUGGGCCGUACCUCACGAUUGUGUCCGGCCUAUGGAUAAAGGCACCAUUCGCGUCGACAAAAACAGUCGGAUUUUUGAUACCCAAAACAAAUUUGCGGAAACCUAG